AUGCCAUGCAUGCAAGUCAUACUUCCUUGCGAGAUGCUCGACAUGCUCGCCUGCCUCUCGGAAGAUAUCAGAGCCAUUCUGCCAUACCGUCGUAUCCUUCUGGAGAACAUAGAAGCAUACAGGAUCUUCAAGGAGGCCGUGAAUGAUUUCCCCUCUGUGGCCCCCCUUGUUCGCAGUCUUGAUAUCGCCAAAUUCUACCAACAGUAUCACCAGGAACUGCUGUCAUUGCUGUCGAAGCUGCACAAACUCGAGCACUUGGCUGUUGAGGGUUGGCUGUUUGAGAUGUUCUCCUAUUCUUACCAGCGCCGCGUGGGGCCAAGUUUCGCAACACUGAAGACCUUGCACUUGAAGGGGGUACCGUGGAGUGUGGCUGAAGUCGCGUGGCUAAUUAGUGCCUGUCCCAAACUCGCUGCGCUCACACUCACCCGAUGGAACGCAGCUUCGCAUGCUCAACCUCCCGAUGCUAUCAAGCAAGGCCCAGUCGAGAUGCAUACUCUCCGGAUUUAUCCAUAUCUGUUCCUGUUCCCACGGGCUCUCUCGCAGCUGCUGUGUGGCCCCGUGGCAAUCCAUCUUCGACAAGUGGAGUUUCCGCUCUGUGGCUGUAUCUCCUUCGAGUCCCGCACAGCUGUGAUAGAGCUUUUGAAGCUGGCCGGCAGGGAUCUCAACCAUUGCUCUAUCUCGGUCGGGGGAUGCAAAGACACAGAAAAACAAGCCCUUGUACAGAAACAAGCCCUUACGUUCGAACACAACCCGUAUCUGGUCUCGCUGCGCGUCAGGGCCUGCUCAAUCAAACGCCGCGACCGACACAAGUGUGGGCAUCCGCGCAGCAUCCCGUGGAUCUUGUCUCUUAUCCAACCUAUGCACGCCGAUCUGGAGCGCGUCUUCAUUACACUGCAAUAUUUCGUUGCAGGGAAUCCCGUAAGCUUGGAUUGGGCACAAUUAGACGAUGUCCUCGUUCGGAUGGCCUCAAGUCGACCAAAUCUGGAGAUAGUAUUCGAAAUUUAUCGUGAUGGCUCUCCGGAGGCUCCUGUAAAUUGGUUCUUACAGGUAGGGGGUAUCUUCAAAAGUGUCUUGCCCAAGCUUCUCAGCAGACCGACGCGGGUAGCCAUCGUGUGUGGAGAAUAUUGGGAAGAAGAUCCUAUAUUUGGCGGGGAAAUUAUGAAGGCUGUGGGCGUGCAUCGGUGUUCAAUGUGA